AUUUUUAAAUAUGCAUAUUAUCCGAAGAAUAGUUAAUUUCAGUAAGUAAUUAACCAUUAUGUAAAUAACACGGAAAAAUGUAUCCCUCCCCCUCAAGGCACCAGUAACGCUGUGUCUAUAGUUGGCAGUCAUGUUGCAUAGCUGAGCCAAUGGGAGAUAACCUAAUAGGCUACAGACCAAUAAACAGAAUUACGAAGUGGCGUUCCUUCUCAAGGAUUUCUGCAAUUGUACAACUGACAUUACAUUCCAACAAAACAGUAAACAAAGAUGACUUCAGUAAACCUCCGCCAACAAAAACUUGAACAGCAAAGGCAGAUUAUGGAACAAAAGAUGCGCCAGAAACGACAGACUUCUGGCAUGGUCCAAGCUUCUGAUGUUAGAAGUUUUUCAGCAAAAGGCCAAAAUGGGUUUCAGUCCAGAGCCUCUUCAGCAACCAACAGAGGCCGAGAGCUUCAUGGUUAUGAUGGGCCAUUGCAGUACACCAUGACACCAGGAAAUCCAGAUUCUGUCAUUUCUCUACAGUCAAACAAUGAUUUACAUGAAGAAGAUCUGGAAUACCAGGUGGAAACUUUAAGCUUAUCAGCAGAUGAUCAUCCAGAUGUUGAAGAUGAAGAAUCUACUCCUGUUUCUCCUCACACUCCAGAUAAUGCAAUGAAUCUGUCUGUAGGUCCUGCUUCAGAAUCAGCCAAUUUUAUCAACAGCAAUCCCGAAGACAAAGAGAGGGAUGGUGAUGUCGAAGGCAGUCUGGAGAGCUUUGUCCUGGAACCGGGAUGUCAGAGGGUCCAUUACAAGUGUCGCAUUACGCGUGAUAGGAAAGGGAUGGAUCGUGGACUGUAUCCUACGUAUUUUCUGCACUUGGAACGAGAUUACGGCAAAAAGGUCUUCUUAUUGGCUGGAAGGAAACGCAAGAAAAGCGCGACGAGCAAUUACCUCAUUUCUACAGAUCCGACUGAUUUGUCACGUGGAGGAGAAUCGUACGUAGGGAAGCUGCGGUCCAACCUCUUAGGAACUCAAUUCACUGUUUAUGACAAUGGUCUUUCUCUUCGAAGAGGCGAGUCGAGAGAAGAAUGGAAGAGAAACGGCGCUAGGCAGGAACUAGCAGCCGUAGUUUAUGAAACCAACGUCUUGGGAUUUAAGGGACCAAGAAAAAUGACUGUAAUUUUACCUGGGAUGACGCAGGACCAUAAAAGGGUUCAAAUAUCACCUCAAGAUGAACAUGAAGGAUUGUUAGAGUGCUGGCGGAGUAAGAACACAGAUAACUUGAUAGAACUUCACAACAAGACUCCAGUGUGGAAUGAUGACACCCAGUCGUACGUACUUAACUUCCACGGUCGAGUCACGCAAGCGUCUGUCAAAAAUUUUCAGAUUGUUCAUGAUAACGAUGUUGACUACAUUGUGAUGCAGUUUGGCCGUGUAGCCGAAGAUGUUUUCACGAUGGAUUACCGUUACCCGUUGUGCGCCGUACAAGCAUUUGCUAUAGCACUUAGCAGUUUUGACAGCAAACUUGCUUGUGAAUGAACUCGUUGUUUGCAGUCUUUUGUUCCUGGACAGACGUGACUAAACAGGAAUUUAAAUAUUGAUACGUAUUGUGAUUUACACGCUGCGUACACAAAAGUUAAAGGGGUAAAGCUAGUUAAGGUAAGUGGGACGACUCACAAAUGUUCCUUAAUCUAUCUUUCUCAGAUUUCAUCACGUUCUUUGUACGUUAUAAGCCAGCGAUAAUGGCGAUAGGAAAUAAAAUGUUGUCUUACACGGUGCCAGUUGCGUGCACAAUCAUCAUAUUGUUAGUAAUAGUGUCAUUGACAAUUUCACAUCUUUUUAAUGUUAGUUGACAUUGAAUUUAGUAUUUAUAUUUCAUACAUAUAUACAGAUAUAUGUAUGGGUGCAUGAGCAUAUAAAUCUCGUAAAAGGAACAAAUAUUUCUAGUCUUAAGUGAUUGUGAAACAAGUUAUAUUUUUUAAAUGCUAUUUACAGAGUAUCAGCCUUUUAAUUUUUGCUGUUAUCGGAAUGAAUGAAUUUUUUUAUAUAUUUUAUGAAAUGAGAAAUGCGUACAAAAUAUUGGUCAGAAAACCUUGGGAGAUCUAGGCGUAGAUGGGAGGAAAAUAUUAAAAUGGAUAUUUACGAAUCGGGAUGUGUCGGUAUGGACCGAAUUCAUCUGACUCGGGAUAGGGUCUAGUGGUGGGCUCUUGUAGAUUGGAAAUAAACCUUCAGGUUUCAUGAUGGGUUUGGGGGAAAAGGUACGAUUUCGUGUUUUUGAUAUGGAAUUAAUUAUGGGAAAUGAAUAAUUCAGGUUUUUGAAAAUCUGUGCUGCUAUUUACCAAUCAUUCAAUUCUUUCACCUGCCAGCGUGAUUUUUCAACAAAGGUGAGUAUUGAACGGUGAAUAUUGUCCUGGAACACGAUUGUGUGUCAUGUUUGGUGCAAAACAACGCAGUUUUGUGCCAUAUUUGUAUUAUAUAUUGAGUAUGCAUAAAUUUGCUCACCGUGUACAAUCAGUAUUUUUCUUCAUAUGUCUCAAGAAGUUUUUUGAGCUGUGAUCAAAGAAUUUUUUAAAGACAAUAUGCUAUAAAUGUGCUUUGUGUAAUUUGCAACACGCUGUAUAUUCGUGGCUUUACACUCAGGUGUUUUAAACCUUUGGAAUGCUUAAGGUUUUUUUUUUCUCCUCCCCAGAAAUGAAUUUUAGCAAAUUGGUUCAUCUGUAAAAAUCAUGUGGCAUUUGUUGUUUCCUGUGUGAAGUGUAAUUCUAUCUGUAUAUGUAGUGCGUGCCAUACCACAUUUAUCUCACGAGUCAUGUUCUGUUUUUCAGAGGCGAGUAAUGCCAUUUAAAAGUUUGUAUAAUUUACUUAUUAAUGUUUGUUUCGAACGCUCGCAUUUCUGCAGCAUACUUUGGUGUAAUGAAUUUUGGUAAGUCAGUUGUGAAAAUUUGUCUCGCACCUUGCAGUUGAUAGUAAUGGUGUAAGACUAGCAUUACGUUAUUGAUGUAAGCCAUUAUUAUUAUUAUGGUGUGAUAUGAAACGUGUUUAAACACUUUUAAACUUUUUUGUGCCUAAAUAAUUCAAGAUACAGUAAGAUGUUUUUUAAAUUUAAAAGUUUAUAUAAACUUUUAAUCUCUUAAGAUGUUCUUUGAAUUAUAAAUAUUGACUGUUCUUUCAAAUAUGCAUUUUGUCAAUAUGUGUAUACAGUGUAGUCUCCCUUUUACUUCAGGCCUUUAUGUUGACUGUCCAUGCAGUAAAAGCCUUCGGAUUGACUCCGCUAUUAGUCUUCACAGCUCGUGAAAACAUAUCGAAGCAUUUAUUUGUCGUUUCCGUGUUCGGGAUUGCACUCGGUGAACAUUGAGCUAACAAAAUGUUUAUCAGAUUGAUUUAAUUAACAAAACAGAGGGUACCAAUAACUUAUUGUCAGUAUGAAGUCCUUCUGUUCGUGCCAUGUGUGUAGUAUGGGAAAUUGUUCACAUUUAUGAUGCUGAAGGGGUUUGAGUCAGAAUUCUGCGAACUCUGUAUAUUUUCAUUUGCAUAUUUUCCCAGUGAACGCAGUUUUUGCCCCUGGGUUUAUGAAUUUCAUACAAAUGAAAUUUCCUGCAUAGCCUACUGUAUAAAGUAUCAUCUGUCAGAAUUAAAAUAAAAUUUAAUUAAAAUGGGGAAGGAGAAGUGGAUGAGUUGAACAUUUCUUCUUAAAUUUGUAAUGUUGCAAAAAAUUCAUAUAUAUAUAUAUAUAUUAGGUGAGAUAAAAUUCAGAAUAGUGAAUAGCCUGUGAUCUGGAUGACCAGGGUUCCAUUCCUGGCAGGGGCAGGGAUUAUUGUCUCUGCAGAUUUGCCCUGAUACCACUAGCUUCUCAUCUAGUAGGUACCAAGUGUUUUCUACAGAGGUAAAGACACUGGUGUAAUGUUUGCCAUUUUCCUCCUUUUAUUACUGAGGUUAAUUUGCGGAGGUAUUCACCUCGUAUAAUUUAAGGCAAUUCUAGCCUGUUCUAUCAUUGAAGCUAGUGAAGACUAAUUAUGGAUUUUAAAAAUAAUUAUUUGUAACAAACUUUUAUAUUUCAUAUGGCUGAUCAUAUCAAAAAACAUAGAAGAACUGCCGUUCUUCUUUUGAGAGUCUUCAUUCCACAUGGACACUUUAUAUUUCAUUACUACCUCGUUUCAAAGGAACUGUCUAAUACUCGGUUCCAAAAAUGUUUCCUAUAAGGUGUAUUGUUGAUAUGGUGGCCCAUUGAUUGAAUGGCCUGCAAAUGUAAUUAAUCCGUCCCACAAGUAUCUUAGAACAGAUUUAAUUAUUAACAGUUGUGUAUUAUCGCUACUAGGAUUCAACAAGUAAAAUUAUUAUAUCCACGAGUAUAGUUCUUGAUCAUCUCGUGGAACAGGAACGGAAAUGAAAUAGUUAUGCCGAGUUGCUGUGGUGUAGAAUACUUGGCAGUGAGACAUCAAGUACAUUGAAUGUAUGCAUUAUUUAUGUACAUGGAUUAUGUAAUGAAGGAUUAGUGUCCACUGCUGUACAGGCAUAUGUGCAUAGCGUUUCAUGGCCCAUUCAUGUACCAGAGAAGAUGUAACACCAAGAAUCGUUACAGAAAAUGUUAUCAGAAAAAUUGUGAAAAUCAAAGCAUUGUAAGUACCACAGUGUUCUUAUAAAAUAAGCAACACAGGUGUUUUUAAUGCUUUUGGAAUAGUAUUUGUAAAUAGACUAUGACAGUUAUACUUAUGUAAAAAAAAUUCUCACUUAAAUGUAACUGGUCAUUGUAUCUUUUCACCUUUUUAAAAGAACCAAUAAAGAUUCAUAAACUUAA